AUGGCGGGACGGGCCGCGAUGCGAACCCCUGAACCGCCCGACCGUGACGAACGCGAAGAUUCGCCACCGCGACUGGCGAGACCGAAACGCACCACUCGACCACCGAACAACUACGCUCGUGAGCAGGAAAUUGAUACUGAUCGACGGAAGACGCGUUCCCAGCAAAAGGAGAGAAUUGAGCUAGGAGACCGGCGUGACGAGGCAACUUCGGACGACGCCGCGACUGAGCGCGAAGAGCUCGACGUCGGCGGUUUGGUGAGAGAGAUCGCCAAACUCAGGCGAGAGAUCAGACUCCGUGACGAAAUACACAAGGAAGAAAUUCAGAGAACCAGAGAACAGUUCGGUGCCGCCCUCGCGGAGGUCCGACACGAGCUACAGUCCCUGACGAAUAGAAACACGACACCGCAAUGCCACUCGGAGACGUGCUCUCAGAACAACCACGAUGCGAUCCUGCGCGAAAUCCAGUCCUUACGCGAGGAGAUCAGUGUUCCCGCUGUUGCAGGCUCUCCUUCCUACGCAGAUGUCGCGCGCACUCCGCCGUCCAGUUACCCAAGCAACAUACGGACCCUUUUAACGCUGAACACGACGCCCACCACCUUUACGGACACGCUCUUUUGCACGAUAGACACCUCGAAGAUGGCAGAUAAAGGGACAGGGUUGACCUCCGCAGGCUCAGUCAGAGCAGCGGUUGAGGCAGAGAUGCAGUCAACAGAGGGCCACGCGCACUGGCGCUGUCGCGCUGUUACCGUUGACCCGAAAAACGCCAACCGGAUCAGGAUUGCCUGCCGGGAUGAGGAUGAACAGCAGCUGGUCAAAAAGGUUGCAGAACAGAAAAUCGGGGCGGGAGCUCGGGUCCUCCGUGACGAGCUCUACCCGAUCAAAGUCGACAGCGUCAACAAGACCUCCGUGCUAGACGAGAGCGGUGAGGUCCGAACCGAGGCUGCAGCAGCGUUUAGUGAGGAGAAUGAGACCAACGUAGCCAAGAUUUCAUGGCUGAGGAGAAAAGAGAGCGAGAAGGCCUACGGUUCAAUGGUGGUUUACCUGACCAAACGCAUCGACGCGCGAAGGCUCUCGGCCGAUGGAUUUUUCCACGCGGGGGGGGGGAAUCUGGCCAUAAGGCAUUCCAGUGCAAGAACGCCCAGAAAUGCGCGAAAUGCGCUACAGAGGGCCAUCGCCACAGCGACUGCAUCCAACCGGUUCCAAAGUGUGUACCGUGCGGAGGGCCUCACGAAUCGUACAGCAAGAACUGCCGGAAGCUCUAUCCAUCACGUCAUGAAUAAUUCUCUUCGAAUAAUUCAGCUGAACGUGAGGAAGCAGGGUGCAGUGCACGAGAGUUUAAUGAAUGACGAAGACACUCAAAACGCGGUGGUGCUAGCGAUCCAGGAACCCCAAGCGAGGAGGAUUCAAGGCCGGCUCUUGACCACUCCAAUGGGGCAUCACAAGUGGACAAAGAUGGUGCCCUCCACCUGGAGGGAGGGGAGAUGGGCGAUUCGGAGCAUGCUCUGGGUCAACAAAGAAGUCGAAGUGGAGCAAGUCCCUGUGGAGUCUCCAGACAUCACAGCAGCGAUGGUCAGGCUUCCCGAGCGACUGAUCUUUAUGGCAUCGGUUUACGUUGAAGGAGGCAAUGUCUCAGCCUUGGACGAUGCGUGCAAUCAUUUACACGAUGCGAUCACAAGGGUACGACGAGAGACAGGCGCCGUGGUGGAGAUUCUGAUGGUGGGGGACUUCAACCGACACGAUCAACUCUGGGGUGGAGACGAGGUGUCGCUGGGAAGACAAGGGGAAGCGGAUCCGAUCAUUGACCUCAUGAAUGAGUUUGCGCUCAGUAGCUUGCUUCAACGCGGCACCAAGACAUGGCACGGCGGUGGACAAAGUGGAGACUGCGAGUCUACCAUCGAUCUCGUCCUAGCUUCAGAAAAUCUGACGGACUCCAUGACAAAAUGUGCUUUACUCGAGACAGACCACGGCUCUGAUCACUGCGCCAUUGAGUCCGUGUUCGACGCCCAGUGGUCGGGCCCAAAGCACCAAGAGCGACUUUUACUAAAGAAUGCACCAUGGAAGGAGAUUAACGCCAGGAUUCAGAACGCUCUAGCCAUCCUUCCGUCGGAAGGCACGGUACAGCAGAAAACGGAUCGACUCAUGUUGGCAGUGUCCGAAGCGGUGCACGCUUUAACCCCGAGGGCGAAACCAUCACCACAUGCGAAGCGAUGGUGGACAGCUGACCUCACUCAACUCCGUUAUAUAUACGCGCACUGGAGAAACCGCGCUCGCUCCGAGCGACGGGCGGGGCGAAAAGUCCCCCGGCUCGAAACGAUGGCCCAGGAUGCGGCCAAACAAUACCACGAUGCCAUUCGCAAACAAAAGAAGAAGCACUGGAACGAGUUUCUCGCAGACAACGACAACAUCUGGAAAGCCGCCAAGUACCUCAAGUCGGGAGACAAUGCCGCGUUCGGGAAGAUUCCGCAGCUCCUCAAAGCCGAUGGAACCACUACGAACGAUCACAAGGAGCAAGCGGAGGAAUUGAUAUCCAAGUUCUUCCCGCCUUUGCCAGAGAACAUCGACGAGGAAGGAGUGAGACCACAAAGAGCGCCUGUAGACAUGCCAGCCCUCACUAUGGAGGAGAUAGAGCGGCAACUGUCAGCGGCCAAGUCGUGGAAGGCACCUGGUGAAGACGGCCUACCGGCGAUCGUUUGGAAGAUGACGUGGCCCACAGUCAAGCACAGGGUCCUCGACCUCUUUCAAGCCUCGCUGCAAGAGGGCACACUGCCAAGACAGUGGAGACAGGCCAAGAUCAUACCGCUCAAGAAGCCGAAUAAAGAUGACUACACCAUUGCAAAGGCAUGGAGACCUAUCUCACUCCUUGCGACACUCGGAAAGAUACUCGAAUCGGUGAUCGCAGAGAGGAUCUCGCACGCGGUGGAGACGCAUGGACUGCUCCCGACGAGCCACUUUGGGGCUCGAAAGCAGCGCUUCGAUGUCAAGGGAGCCUACAACGGAGUAUGCAAAGAACGACUGAUCCAGAGGAUGAAAGCCCGAGGCAUACCGGAGGUCUUGCUUCGUUGGGUUGAGGCCUUCUGCUCGGAACGAACGGCAAACAUCCUGAUCAACGGGCAGUUAUCUGAGACUCAAAGCUUGCCACAAGCUGGGCUGCCGCAGGGCUCGCCCCUGUCUCCGAUUCUAUUUCUCUUUUUCAAUGCAGACCUCGUGCAAAGACAGAUCGACAGCCAGGGAGGAGCAGUCGCUUUCGUGGAUGAUUUUACCGCGUGGGUGACCGGUCCGACCGCCCAGAGUAACCGGGAAGGAAUUGAAGCCAUCAUCAACGAGGCGCUCAACUGGGAAAAGAGAAGCGGAGCGACAUUUGAGGCUGACAAGACGGCUAUCAUACACUUUGCUCCCAAGAUGCGUAAAUUGGACCAUGAGCCAUUCACCAUCAAGGGGCAGACGGUGGUACCCAAAGACCGCGUUAAGAUCCUGGGUGUCUUGAUGGACACGAGACUCAAGUACAAGGAGCAUAUCGCGAGAGCAGCGUCCAAGGGUCUCGAAGCAGCGAUGGAGCUUCGGCGACUCCGUGGCCUCUCCCCAGCAACCGCGCGACAGCUAUUCGCAUCGACGGUAGCACCAGUCGUGGACUACGCCUCCAAUGUCUGGAUGCACGCGUGCAAGGAUAAAGCGAUGGGGCCGAUCAACCGAGUCCAAAGAGUAGGCGCGCAAGCCAUUGUGGGGACAUUUCUCACGGUCGCGACUAGUGUCGCAGAGGCGGAGGCUCACAUGGCUACUGCACAACGUCGAUUUUGGAAACGAGCCGUGAAAAUGUGGACAGACAUCCACACCUUGCCGGAAACCAAUCCUCUUCGCCGGUGUACAGAUCAGAUCAGAAAGUUCAGAAGAUACCACCGCUCACCACUGUAUCACGUGGCCGAUACGCUCAAGCACAUCGACAUGGAGACAUUAGAAACGAUCAACCCCUUCAAACUAUCCCCGUGGGCGGAACGCGUACAGACCGACAUUGAUGAGCAGCAUGAGUCCCUGGCCGAAGCGGGCGGGUGCAUGCAGGUCGCGGUCAGCAGCUCUGCACGGAACGAGCUGGUGGGUUUUGGAGUGGCCAUCGAGAAGCGACCACCUCGGAAUCGGAAGCUCAAACACAAAGCGCUAUCUAUCACCUUGGCUGCAAGAGCAGAGCAGAAUCCAUUCUCUGCGGAACUGGCAGCCAUGGCACAUGUAUUGAACACGGCGACAGGACUGAAAGACUACACGAUCACGCUGCUCACAAGCAACAAAGCGGCGGUUCUCACACUCAGGAACCCUCGACAACAAUCUGGCCAGGAGUUCGUGUGUCGGAUAUACAAGUUGAUUAAAAGGUUGCAGAGAAACGGAAACCAUGUGCAAUUCCGCUGGGUUUCUUCCAGUGAAGACAACAAGCUGCUAGGUCUGGCCAAAGAACAGGCUAGAGCCGCGACACAAGAAGAUGCCCUCUUACAAGAACGCGCCCCGAGGAUGAAAUCAACCACGCUGAAUCUCGCACGGUCUCAAGCAGUCCCCAGAAAUACCCUGCCAGCGGACGUCGGAAAGCACGCCAAACGAGUAGAUGCAGCACUCCCAGGAAAACACACGCGACAGCUGUAUGAUCCCUUGUCAUGGAAGGAAGCGACCGUGCUAGCCCAACUCCGGACGGGCAUGGCGAGACUGAAUGGAUACCUCUAUCGAAUCAACGCGGCCGACACGGAUCAGUGUGCGUGCGGACAAGCUAAGGAAACUGUGGAGCACUUCCUCUUUCGAUGUCGGAAGUGGACCACACACCGGACGGAUAUGCUACAAUGUACCGACACUCACCGAGGAAAUCUGCCCUUUUACCUGGGAGGGAAGUCGCCUUCCGACGAUCAAAAGUGGACGCCAAACUUAGAGGCAGUACGGGCCUCAAUACGAUUCGCCAUAGCCACAGGCCGCCUCGAGGCCACUUAA